AUCCUCUCAUCACCACCACCCCACCUCCCUCUCUCUCCCUGUCUUUCUCCUCUCCUCCUCCCUCUCGCUCUCUCCCUCUCUUGACAAAAUUUCCUCCACCCAUUCCCUUCUCUGCCGCUUCUCCACCCACCUUGUCGAUCUCUCUGAAUUCGGUCGCACCAUCUUUCUCUCCUUCCUCUCUUCUAGCAAUCGGUCGUUUCCUCCGGUUGUUGUGCUGAUUCUUUCUCCCUCUCUCUCUCUUUCUUCCUCUUCUCUCUAUCUACCUUGGAGAGGAUCAAGAAACGAAGAGAGGAGGAACGGAGGGAGGAAGGGAAAACCGAGAAAAGUCUGUUCUUUUUUUGCUUUGGCCUUGUGGUUCUUGGGAGUUGUUGAAAGACUCUGGACCUGUUUCUGAACCCUCCUUUCCCUUGCUUGAAAGAGAUGAGCUGUACGUGAGAUGCUAUUGCCAGACAUCAAUUGAUAAAGAGCACAUCUUCAGUAAUGCAGGGACAGAAGAACUCUGUUGAGCAGCUUGCUGAUGUGUUUGGAUUUGACCAUGCAUCUAGCUCAGGAAACCCUGUCAUGGAUCAACAAGGUUAUUGGAACAACAUUCUUGGUUCCGUGGAAUCACAUAAUCUUCAAGGUUAUCAGGUGAACCGUAGUGAUGGAGCUAUUCCGUAUGGAAACAGCGCGCAUCAAGACGGCACAUUUUUAGGAUUUUGGGAGUCAGGUGAAGCAAGUGCAAGUGGCAGUUCACUACAUUUUGGGAGCUCUAACGAGAUCAAAACAGAGCAACGUAAUAUCGGUGGUGUCCUGAGGAUUGGUGAAAGGCGCUUGGCAGCUGAGCACAAUCUUUCUUUGGACAAUGUAGAUAUAGGCCUCAACAUCAAUGGUAAUGAUCUAUCUGGUCAAAGUUCAAAUGUGAAUGGCGCUGCACAAGGCUCUGAGCAGCAUGGUGGCUGCUCUCGUACUGGUACAAAUGCUCAGGCCUCCGACCUGAGAUUACAUCCAUACAGGACAUUCAUAUUAGGUGCCGAGCAACCUGAGUCUUUUAAUUCUUUGAAUGGCAGUGAAAAUUCUAUAGGUGAUUUUUCGUUGAUGCCAGAAGGCAUUGAUCACCGACCAGGUAGUUCCCUGGAUGGCCGUCGUCUAGCAUGCAAGAGGAAAAAUAUUGAGGGAGUUCAUGGGCAUGGGCAGUGCUCAGCAGGUGCCAGCACUAGUUUUUCCCACAGGAACGAUAGUAUUUUCCAUAGCAUCGCUUCUUCCAGUCGCAACCCCUCACCUAGUACAAAUUUACCCUCUCCUAAUUGUCUGUUGGUUCCAAGCGCCGUGGAUGAGCAACCCCCGACUUAUGUAGCUACAGCAGGAUUGUCAUCUAGUAGCUAUGAUCUUAGUGGAGGCAAUAAUAACUCAGGAAUGUCACAAAGAAGUUUUCGACCAAGAACUACCCUGGCACAACAAAUUGGCCCCUAUGGUGUGUGGCCUUCUUCAAGUGCUAUCAGACAUUCCAAUUCAUGGAAUCAUCAGCCACCUCCCUUUCAGAGUACAUUUGACGAACCACCUGAGGUAAUUCCUGUGGUCAGUAGCUUGAACUUUCAAUACCAGCAUCCCAUGAAUGUGGUUCCUGGUAUUCCACAAAUGGCACACCGUUUCUCUGGUCAAGGGACUUCAUCAUCAAGAACAGGCAAUUUGGAGAAUAGAACUAUUGGUAGUGAAGACUUUAGCGGGCGGAAUGUAGUCGCUACCAACUUCCCUGAUGCAGUUCCUCCAUCUACACUAGACAUGAGGCAUUUGAUACCAGAACCAUCUAGUUGGAAUGUUGAUGGCAGAGUUACUACCAUUCCAGGAAAUGUUCCUUCAUCGAGAGCUACUGCCAGUUUGAUGGUCAAUCCACCGGCCUCCCCAUUUAUUGCUCAUCAAAACUUGCAUAGACGCAAUCCUCGUAAUUUAUCAGAGGAAAUAAGUCGUCUUUCUGGAGCACUUCGCAGCCAUCAGCACCCUCGCCUAAGGUCAGGUUUUCUGUUGGAACGACAAGGUGAUGGUGUUUGGGGUGUUCCAUUGUCUACUAGGAGCAGGGAAGGAAGAAGAUUAAUCGAGAUCCGGAAUGCACUUGAAAUGAUUCACAGAGGGGAAAAUGUUAGAUUUGAGUCAAUUUUCUAUGGUGGAGUCGACAUUCAUGACAGACACAGGGAUAUGCGCCUUGACAUAGACAAUAUGUCUUAUGAGGAGCUAUUGGCACUGGAGGAAAGAAUAGGUAAUGUUAGCACUGGCCUCAGUGAGGAAGAAGUGACCAAGCUCCUAAAGCAAAGGGAAUUCUCAUCAUGGAGAUUGGAGGCAUCUGUGGAAGAUGAGCCAUGCUGUAUCUGCCAGGAAGAGUAUGUUGAUGGGGAUGAUCUCGGGACACUGGACUGUGGGCAUGAUUUCCAUGUUCGUUGCGUCAGGCAAUGGCUGGUGGUGAAGAACACAUGUCCGAUCUGCAAAAAUACUGCUCUGAAGACAUAGGAAAAGCGCAGUGCAGAAGCGCUGCGUGCCUGUUCGAUCGCAAGAUCAUUUAGUGAUUCAUAUUACCGUGCCGUUUUUUGAUUAGAAUUUUUUUUUGCCAUUGACCUACAAAUUUGAUUUUAAAAAAAGGUAAAAAAGAACUGGUCCCUGCAAAAACUGCUCCCCUGCAGUAAAUAAUCCCUGGAAUCUGUCGCUCUGCAUUCAACUGAAUAUUUAUGGCUGAUAUAUUGGAUGAAAGUUCAAUUUUUUCCCCCAA